AUGGCGAAUGAAGGUGACCCUAACCAGCUAGGUUAUUGUUUAUGGGACCAUAAGAAAAGCUCUGCUGACAAAUCAAAGAAGGUCCCAAUGGUCGAUGCUUUUAAUCUUAAACCCAUGAGACGAUUAUUUUCUUGCUCUGCUUCUGCCCAAGACUUGAGACAUUUGGACUUGGAGAAAGAGAAAGAAGAUGAUGCAUCUCCAAGAGGAGUCUUAGAAGCCUGCGUUAGAGACUUUGACUCUCAGCUGCAACCUGAAUUGGAGACCAGUUGUUCAAAUUCCAGGGCUCGGUCUCACUGGAGCAAAAUUUUCAAACUGUGGAAAAAAAAACCACUUAAGCGCCUAACGUCCAUCCCCCCAAUUGGUGUGCCAAAGUUACCAAAGUGGAAAAGCAAAAGCACUAGAGAAAAUACUGUUCUACGUAAUCUUGACAACUUGAGGUCUUCUUUGGUGACCUUCAGCCUCUCUGACCUGAGAAAUGCAACCGACAAUUUUAGCAAUGAAAAUUUAAUUGGAAGAGGUGGUUUUGCUGAGGUUUACCAGGGUAUUCUCCAAGAUGGGCAACUAAUAGCUGUGAAGAAACUGACUAAAGGAACCACUGAUGAGAAGACAGCUGGCUUUCUAACUGAGCUAGGUGUUAUUGCUCAUGUUGACCAUCCUAAUACUGCCAAGCUUAUUGGAUGUUGUGUAGAAAGGGAAAUGCAGCUUGUCUUUCAGCUAUCUCCACUGGGAAGUUUAGGAUCUCUUCUUCAUGGUCCAGAUAAAAACAAAUUAGAUUGGAGUAAAAGGUAUAAAAUUGCUCUGGGAAUAGCUGAAGGUCUCCUUUAUCUGCAUGAGAAUUGUCACAGACGAAUAAUUCAUAGAGAUAUUAAGGCAGAGAAUAUUCUGCUCACCGAGAAUUUUGAGCCUCAGAUUUGUGAUUUUGGGCUUGCAAAGUGGUUACCAGAACAAUGGACUCACCAUAAUGUAUCAAAAUUUGAAGGCACAUUUGGGUAUUUUGCUCCUGAAUAUUGCAUGCAUGGCAUAGUAGACGAGAAAACUGAUGUUUAUUCUUUUGGGGUCCUACUUUUGGAGAUCAUAACUGGGCGUAAGGCUUUGGAUCAUUUGCAGAAGAGUGUUGUCAUAUGGGCAAAACCUUUGCUUGAAGCUAAUCAUAUCAAGGACCUCAUUGAUCCUUCUCUUGAGGAUAAUUAUGACCGAGAACAGAUGGGUCGUGUUGUUUUGACUGCAUCAAUGUGUGUUGAGCAGUCUCCUCUAAUACGGCCCCGCAUGAGUCAGGUUGUAACACUGCUAAGAGGAGAUGACUGUAUCCUGGAAUCUGCAAAAGCACGCCGAAAGAAGCCUCUCCUAAGAACAUACUCAGAAGAGCUACUGGAUGCGCAAGAAUACAACUCAACAAAAUAUCUAAGAGAUCUCAAACGACAUAGGCAGAUUAUUGGUUUGGAACUUGGAAGUCCAUGGAAAUGA